UGCAGAGGUUUCUGCUGGUGAAUUUCUGCUCCGGAGUUCCUGGAGGAUAAAGAUCAUUAAUUCAACAGAUUUACUGAGACAUACUGUGUACCCCGAGCUGGACCAGAUACCAGGAGAUGCCAAAGAACUGUUUAGCAUUGGCCAUUUUAUGGUGCUUGGGAAUUCUGAAUGAUCGAGGAGUGAAGGAGGUGACUUGGUUUCAGACUGUCAGUACAGUUGUGAAAAUGACAGUACUCUGCUUCAUAUCUCUAACUGGAAUCGUGUUAUUUGUGAGAGGAAGAAAAGAGAACCUAGCCAGGUUUGAGAAAGCUUUCGAUGCUGAAGUUUCAGAUGCCUCACAGAUUGCUGAAGCCUUCUUACAAGGAUUAUAUGCAUAUUAUGGCUGGGGAGUCCUUGUUAAAAUAGCAGGAGAGCUGAAAAACCCUAGUGAGAAUAUCCCCAAAUGCGUGGUUACUGCACUUAUCCGUGUGGCACUGAUCUACUUAUUGGUUAACAUUUCCCACCUAGCCGUCCUGAUGCCAAAGGAAAUCAUGUCCUCAGACUUAAUCCCCAUAAACUAUGUGGGAUUCACAGAUUGGAUUCAACUUGGGCUAAUGAUGAUGGGCUUGUUUAAACUGAGAUUCCAGGAUCCCCAACUAUCCAGACCUUAUAAGAUAUCACCCCUGGGGAUUCUAAUGCUUAGGGUGAGGAACAGAAAUCGACAUUUCAAUACUGAAAAAAUGAAAGAUAAUGAUAAUCUUGCAUCUGUGUCAUUUAAUGACUCAAUAAAUAUGUACUAAGCAACUACUGUGUGGAAGACACUACUCUAAACACUUUAAAGGUACGUUUGCCAUUUGAAUUUGGAGCCAUGGCCAUGUCUUUCUUCUUGGUUUUGACACCCAUUAUCAAGUCUCCUAAGAUGC